AUGAUUUACGAGCUGCAACGCACAAGCGUUGAUUGGGAAUAUAACGCCAAGCGGUCCAGAAGUCAUAGUCUCAGUAGUUUGAAUGGAGCUAGCUGGCCAAGAGGACUCGCCCUUGGUGGAUCCGGAACAAUUAAUGGAAUGAAAUACAUGAGAGGUAACAAAGGUGAUUACGAUCGCUGGGAGCAGCUGGGAAACCCUGGUUGGGGUUGGGAUAAUGUUUUGGAGUAUUUUAAACGAUCUGAGAAUAAUCAAGCUGUUCGGUUGGUUCAAUCGGAAAAUGGCAAAUGGCACAGUAGAGGCGGAUAUUUGAGCGUAGAUUAUUACGAUAUGAGUGAUCCAACCAAUAGAUUGCUAAUGAAGGCCGCUAAACAGAUGGGCUUUAAGAGGUUGUCUGAUUCCAAUGCCGCUCAGUAUGUGGGCUAUGGCCGAUCGCAGUUUACAAUUGUUAACGCAACUCGUUGUAGUCCUGCAAAAGCGUUCCUAAGCUCAAUAAAGGAUCGUAAAAAUUUACAUGUUAUCAAACAUGCAUUCGCUACUAGCAUAUCCUUCGCAGCGGACGAUAAAACAGCGAGAGGAAUCAAUUUCAUUCUUCGAAAUCAAUACUCAAUGAGAGCUCUAGCCUCCAAAGAGGUAAUAAUAUCUGCGGGAGCUGUCAACACACCUAAACUAUUGAUGCUUUCUGGAAUCGGAAGGAAGCAUGACAUUGUUCCAUUGAGAAUACCUCUGCGGGCAGAUUUGAAUGUUGGCGGAAAUCUUCAGGACCAUGUAGCUGUGCCACUAUUUUUCAAAUUCAACAAAUCAUUCCAAAGAUUCAUUCAUCUGAACCUCGAAAAAGUUUUGAAUCUGUUUGAGUUCAUCUUCAAGAAUCCGAAUCAGCCCCUAACCAAUCAUGAUGUUUCGAGUGUCAUUAUUUACAUGAACACUUUGAACGCAACGAGUCCAUAUCCGGACGUGCAGGUUGAACAUUAUCAAUUCAUAAAGGGAGGCGAUUCUUCGAUCGUCGUCACGGAAGCUUUUGGGUAUGAUCAAGACAUCGUACGAUCGAUUCACCAGGCAGAGCUGGAAGCGAAUGUGGUAAUGGUUCGAAUCAACGUCCUGAAUCCAAAAUCGAGAGGCCGAAUUACCCUGCGAAGCAACGAUCCCUACGCAGAUCCUGGAAUCGAGGCGGGUUAUUUCAGCGUGUAUGAUGAUUUGAGGACACUUGUUCGGGCUGUGAGAAUUGAGCAACAAAUGCUCAACACAGAGUCGUUCCGACAGAAUGAAGCGGAACUUCAUCGGCUUAGUAUUCCUGCUUGUAAGUUCAUUGAGUACGAUACCGAUGAGUACUGGGAGUGUUACAUUAGACAUCUUUCGAUUACCUUGUACCAUCCGGCGGGAACGGCCAAAAUGGGACUGGAUGACGAUCCCACAGCGGUGGUAGAUUCGCGAUUGAGGGUUAGACAGGUGAACCGUUUGAGAGUCAUUGACGCUAGCAUAAUGCCAUACAUAGUGAGUGGGAAUUUGAACGCACCGACGAUAAUGAUCGGUGAGAAGGGUAGUGAUCUUGUGAGAGAAGACCACGGAUUUUAGGGAAAUCGUCACAUAUACAUACACAUACAAAUGGUUAAUUGAGCACUUGAGCACUUGAAUACGGAAAGGGGAGGUUGGGAAACAAGUUAGGUUUCUAAUGAAGAGCUGUCAUUCUAGAUCGCAGGAUUCCAGGCUAGCAUGGUGCGA